AUGCCGUUCACGCAAAAGCUUGCGGGCUAUCCCCGCCUGCUUCUUGCUGCCAAUCCUUCGAAAAGCGACCUCGGAAUGUUAUUAUUGGGAAUAAUAUGUGCAAUCGCCUCUGGAGUUCCAUUUCCAUUGAUUGGGGUUGUGUUUGGUCAACUCCUGAACGACUUCAACGCCGUGACGUGCGAUACAGAUGAAACCUCCGGCGAUGCAACCCACUACCAAAACAGCAUCAACGGCAAGAUUCUUCUGAUCGUGUAUCUGGCCAUCGCCCAGUUCAUCUUGAUUUAUGCUCACCUCACAUGUUGGACUCUGUACGGCGCCCGAUUGGCGCAGAGACUGCGCGAAAGCUAUUUGCGGAACUUGCUUCGACAGGAGCCGUCACACUUUGACACUCUACCCACGGGAGAAAUCGCGUCUCGACUCAGCAGCGAUAUCCAGACAAUCCGUUCCGGCACAUCUGAGAAAGCCGGAAUUGUGCUUGCGAGUCUGUCCUUUUUUGUCACCGCAUACAUCGUGGCGUUUAUCAAGGAUGAUAUAAUCGCAGGAAUGUUAAUCUCGUUGGUUCCAGCCUAUUUCCUCAUGUCGUUCAUUGGAAGCCACUAUAUCGAAAAAUACUCUGGGCGCAUGUCGGACUAUGCAGCAACUGCAUCAUCGAUUGCUUCUGAGGCUCUUAACAAUAUUGUCGUGGUCCAGGCUUUUGGCGCAAAUGCUCGGCUGGAAAAUAAGUUCUCUAAAGCUCUGAAAUCCUCUGAGCGGGAAGGAUUGAAGAAGGCUACGGCUGUUGGCACACAAUCUGGCUUCUUAUACUUUAUCGCUUAUGGUGCGAACGGCUUAGCAUUUUGGGAGGGAAGUCGACGCAUCGCCAGUUCUGUGAGCGGUGACUCUGCAGGCACAACUGUGGGUGCUACUUUUACGGUUAUUUUCAUUCUCGUCGAAGCUACUUUGCUCUUGAGUCAAGUUGCUCCGUUUCUCCACCUGUUUGUAGCAGCCGUCGCCUCGUUUCAAAAACUGCGCGAAGACAUUGACCGCGAGCCGCUCAUUGACAGCACUAUGUCUUCAGGCCUUCGCCUCUCAGAGGCAGAAGGCGGCUUUGAGUUCAAGGAUGUUUCAUUUACUUAUCCCUCCCGGCCGGAGAUUACUGUUCUGGACCAUAUCAACAUUCGCCUACCCGCCAAUAAGCAUACCGCUAUUGUCGGCCUCUCGGGAAGUGGAAAGUCCACUAUUGCGGGUCUGGUGACAAGACUGUAUGAUCCCAUUGAGGGACAAAUCCUCUUUGACGGCCACGAUCUGCGCGAUCUCAAUGUUCGUGACUUGAGAAGUUUCCUCAGUCUGGUACAACAGGAGCCCUCCCUUCUUGACCGCUCUCUGUUGGAGAAUAUCGCCCAUGGCUUAAUUAACUCAAACAAUCCAAGGCACUCACAUCUCAAGACAGCACUUCUUGGUCCCGACCUUGCUGAUCUAUCAAGCGAAAUCCAAGAAGGCCAGGAUGCCAUGGCUGCGGCAGAGAAACGGGGAUCAGACAUUGUUGAAAUUGUUACCCUGGUUCAGAAGGCAGCAAGGCUUGCCGAUGCGGACGAUUUCAUCUCCAAGUUGCAACAUGGAUACGGAACGAUCGCGGGCUCGAGUGGCCGACUGAUCAGUGGUGGGCAGAAACAGAGAGUUUCACUUGCUCGUGCUCUUGUCAAGGAUCCUGCUGUCCUUGUCUUAGAUGAGGCCACGGCUUCUCUCGAUUCAAGAAGCGAGCAGCGGAUCCAGCACGCAAUCUCAAACAUCGCUACUGGCAGAACUGUGAUUACGAUUGCUCAUCGUCUCUCGACAAUCACCAGUGCGGACAACAUCAUAGUGAUGCACAAGGGACGUCUUGUGGAACAAGGAAACCAUGCCGAAUUGAUGUCUCAGAAUGGAGCUUACGCCGAUCUUGUCAAGUUGCAAACUCUUGGAUCUGCAUCUGGGAAGAACGAGACAGCCAGCAGCACGGGCAGCAUCGACAAGGCUGAUCAAGCCUCUUUCACAGAAAUCAAUGUCGAGAACAGCAGCCAAUCUAAUGAUCUUGACAAGGCUGAGAAAACUCAGGCAUCACCCAGUGAAGAACCAGUCACCGACUCUGCAGAAGAAGAGGAAGAACCUGAGACACCAUACAAAUCUUUGUGGGCUCUAGUGCGCGGAUAUGCUCCAGCCUUGAGACCCCAUCUUCUCAUUGUUGCCAUGGCACUCCUUGGCGCAAGCAUUGUCGGGGGCGCCUUCUCUGCCGAAGCAGUCAUUUUCGGCAACACCGUUGGAAGUUUGAAUCCCUGCAAGAGCGCCUCAUAUAUUCGAUCCCGCGGGGACUUCUAUGGGCUGAUGUUUUUUGUCCUUGCCAUUAUUGAGUUCUUCGCAAACCUGGUCAGCUGGUCAGGAUUCGGCUGGGUGUCUGAGAAAAUCGUUUACUCGGUCAGAGUCUUGUCAUUCCGCUCGUUGUUCGAACAAGAUCUCCAAUGGCACCAAUCUAGAGGUCGAACUCCUGCCUUGCUACUCUCCUACAUUACAAGGGACGGCAAUGCUCUGGCGGGAUUGAGCGGCUCCGUCAUUGGCUCUUUGUUUUCGAUUACCAUCAACCUCAUCGCAGCUAUCAUUCUAACGCAUAUCAUUGCUUGGAAGAUUGCACUGGUCUGCUUGUCUUUGGUGCCUCUUCUACUAGGAGCCGGCCUGAUGGAGCUCCGAGUGCUUGGUAAAUUUGAGGAACGUCACGAAAAUGCAUAUACCAAGUCUGUCGACAUUGGCACGGAAGCAAUCGCCUCCAUCAAAACCAUUGCAUCCCUUUCUCUUGAAGAGGAAACUCUCAAGAGCUACCGACGCUCCUUGAAAGGGCCUCGUCAGGAAACACUUCGAGUCACUGUCCAAGCAAGUCUCUGGCAGGCGAUUACUUACUUCCUCGGCAAUUGUGUGAACGCACUUGCAUACUGGUGGGGUGCAAAACAAAUAAUCAAUGGUGACUACACUCAAACACAAUUCCUGAUUGUCGUUUUCUCCCUACUUGUCAGUGCAUUGCUCUGGAGUCAAAUGUUUGCUCUCGCACCGGAGCUUUCCAACGCCCGAGCAGCAAUGGCUCGCAUCUUGAGCCUGAUUGAAAUUGGAAAGGACAAAAUGAAGGGACAUGUAGAGAGCCCUAGAAUCUCAGACUCCUCAGAAGAAAAAGACCUCGAGGCGACGAGUGAGCCCAAAUCCUCUCAUUUGUCUGACACCAUAGCCUCCAGUGUUCAGUUCUGCGAUGUCCAUUUUUCAUACCCUGCUCGGCCUGGCAUGAAAGUGUUGAAUGGCUUGAGCAUUGACAUUCAGCCGGGAAGAUUCUGUGCCCUUGUUGGACCGAGUGGUGCUGGCAAAUCGACCAUAAUUUCCCUAGUUGAGCGACUGUACACGCCACAGUCCGGUGCUAUCUUGAUUGAUGGUGUUGACGUGACGAGCCACCGCGACAUCGCUUUCCGCGACACUAUUUCCUUGGUGCCGCAAGAAAGCGUGCUCUUCGAGGGAACAAUCGAGUUCAACAUUGGCCUUGGAGCGAGACCCGGACAUGCAGCGACCAUGGAAGAAAUCCAAGAGGCAUGCAAGCUUGCCAAUAUCCACGACAUCAUUGAAGGGCUGCCGGAUGGCUACCAGACCCUGUGCGGACCAAAUGGCAGUCAGUUCUCCGGCGGUCAGAAGCAGAGGUUAUCGAUUGCCCGAGCAUUGGUUAGAAAGCCUAAGCUCUUGAUUCUUGACGAGUCUACCAGCGCGUUGGACGCUGAGUCGGAGAAGCUCCUGCAAGAUGGAUUGGAGAAGGCCGCUAAGGGAAUAACUGUUAUUGCAAUUGCUCAUCGUCUUCACACUAUCAGAAAGGCAGAUGCCAUUUUCUUGAUUGAAGCAGGGCAAUGCGUGGACUGUGGGUCGCAUGAAGAAUUGCUUGAGAGAUCGGAGAGCUAUCGGGCGAACGUCAUGCAUCAAACCGUGGCGACGUGA